UGCAAUGUAUAAAUAUGUGAACAUAUUACAAACACAAAGGUAAUAUUUUUGUUAUUAAUUUGGUCAACCUGUUUAUCAGCUGUUCGGCUUGUUUUUUCCGUUUUGUCCCUUUUCAGACGCAAAUCGCAAUACUUAAAACCGCCAUAUUUGUUUCUUUGUCAAUAGUAAAAGUUAAAGCUCAAUAUUUUGCUCAAGCCUUCUGCCUUAGUCGAAUUUUUAAUGUGGUCUUAACUCUUAAAUAUAGCUAUUCAAUUUUCAAAGGUACAAUACGCAUCACCAAAUAUUGGCAUCUACACUUAAUAAAAUAAAACUGCAUUGUUUUCGGUCUCUAACUGUCAAGUCAAAACUCAAGAAUAACAUAGCAACACGUAACUUGUAUUAACGAGCUUUACCAAGUAGAUUUGUUGGCUAUGUUGCACUAUUCCAUUUGAUCUAGAAUAAAAUAUUUUGGAAUUGAAGAACAUACAAGCUAAUUAACAGUAUGGAAAAAGUACCAAGGUCAAACCAUACUACCUGUACCACCGGUCUUAAUAACUUGGAUACAACAGCUCAGUUAAAUAUGGUAGAACCCAAUACAUCUCAAAAUGCAUUAGAAUCUGUAAAAAUGUUAGAUCUUCACCGUAUGCUUAAUGGGCAGAAUAACACAGUGGUGGCAUUCAAAAUAAAUGAGUAUGAAAAGGCAAUACAAGAAAAGGAUGAAAAAAUUAAAUCAUUGAAAAAACAGAUGGUGAACUCUAAAAAUAACAGUGUUACACUUAAACAGUUUUACAAAUCUGUAGAAGAAAAGACCACUUUUACAAUUGACACUUGUAAGCAAAUGGACACGAGUUUCACUUCAAUUUGUAAUCGCUUAAAUAAGUUAGGAGAAAAUCUUGAUAAUUCUAAAUCCAGACAAAAAGAAAUAGUUGAUUUAGUAGUUCAAACUACAAAUAAUUUUCAAGAAAAGUUAUUAAAAGUGUCAGAGGAUUUAGAAGAUUCAUUAAAAUGUGUUAACGUUGAAAAGAUGAAAGCUAAAAAUGAAUUAUCAAAUUUAGAAAUCCAACACACCGAAGAUUUAAUAAAAUAUAAAUCAAGUCUUGAAAAUAUUGCUAAUGAAUUGGAUAAGAUAAAAACUGAAAGAAAUGACAUGUAUGAUCAAUUAAUUGAAGUUAAAAAUGUAUUUAAAGAAAAGACGACAUCCUACGAAAAGAAAAUACAAGGUUUUGAAAAUGAACUUCAACAAAAACAAGCUGAUAAUACAUUGCUUGUUAGGAAGAAUAAUUCAAUUGAAGAAAAAUGCAAGGACUUGACUAAUGAAAUUCAAAGAGUUAAUGAUGAACUUGAUGGUUUAAAACAAUCCUUGUCUGAAAAAGAGAAUGAACUUAAAAAUCUAUUAGCAAUCACGAAAGACCAAUCAGAGCAGCUCAAAGACAAAAUGGUAACACAAGAGUUGUGUGAAGAAUUAAAGAAAAAUAAUUCAGCAAUGGUUGAGCGUACUGAAAAUUUAGAAUGUGUCAACUCAAAAUUACUAGAAGAAAUUAAUACCUUGAAAUCAAAGAAUGAUGAGUUAUUUAAUGAUGAUAAAAAAGUUGAUGAGAUUUGUAAAAGUUAUGAUGAACUGCUUAAAAUUCAAGAGGAAAAAUUAAAUAAUUGCAUUAAGGAUUUAGAAAAGUGUAAUGCAAAUGAACAAGCACUUCAAAAAGAAUCUAUGUAUUUAAAAGCGAAGAUAGAUAUGUCAAAUAAAACGAUUGAUGCUAUGCAAGAAGAAUUAAAAAAUAAUAACAUGCAAAUUAUUCCAGAAUUACAAAAAAAAAUUGAUGUAUUGAGUACAGAUUUAAGUAAAUCACAUCAAAUGUUACGUGAUUCAGCCAAAGGUUUUGUUACUGAAAAGAGUGAAUUGGAAAAGGAAAAAAUGGAAUUGGAGAAUGAGAAUAAAGACCGUUGUAAACAAAUUGAAAAGUUAUCAUCCGGCUAUAUGAAAUACAAAACAAGAGCUAAGCAGCUUUAUGAAGAAAUGGUGAAACUACGUCGCAUGUUAUCAAAAUCAGUGGAUUCAAAAACUACUAAAAGCCAAAAUCCUGAAACAAUUGAGAUAAGUGAUGGUGAAGAUAAUGAUGAUGAUGUCAGUAUUGUAGAGGUUAAUGAACAUGACCUUUCAAUGAUGGACUUCAGUUUUCAAUCUUCUUUCAAAAGAAACACUCCCUCAAUAUUGGACCAAAGCAUGUCCAGUUCAAAGAAACUAAAAAUGUCUAUGGAUUUAAAUUCAACUAUGGAUCGCAAUAAAAAUUAUCUAAUCAAGGAGGAGUAUAAAGAGGAAACUAGUAGUAAUACAUCACAAUCGAAAAAUCGCAGUUUUGAAGUGAAUAAAGAAAACGCUAAACUAAAUGAUGCAAUGCCUGUAAAGAAUAGCAGCAUGUCUCGCAGAAAACAAUUUAAAAUACCAUCGGACAUUAUUCCGAUGCAAAAAAAAAAAGAAUUACAAAAUAAGCAGACAAAGAAAAAGAAAACGUCGAAUACGGCAACAACGGGUUCUAAAAAUAAUGAUACCAAUUAUAAACCAUAGGCUACGGGAAGCUAAUUACAAAAUAUUCAUACGCGUUUUGAAAAACAAAGUACUAAGAAUGGAUGUUUAUUAUUUGUUGUUAAUUUUAUUUUUAUCAAUCUAAACCAUUUAUUAAUGUUCAAAAAAGUCUUUAUUAUUUUUACUUACAUUCAUUUAAAUUGUUAGUAAUAAUAGGGGCACAAUUAUAUGUUAAGUAUUGAAUUAUAAAAU